GCAUUAUUACUGCCUAUUAUCUUGGUUAUUCAAAUUGUGAAAUUGCAAAGGUUAUUAAAUGUAACUAUAAAACUGUUAAAAAUAUUCUUAACUAUCAUUUUAGUAUGGAGGUUUAUGAGAAAAAACAAGUGAGACGUCCAUCAUAUUUUGACUCUAAACGCUUAAAAUAUCUUAAAGAAUUCAUACUUGAUGGUUGGCAUCAUUUUACAAAAGCUGAACUUUGUGAAGCAUGGAAAAAAGAAAAAGAGCAAAAGAUGCACCCAAAAAUAAUGAUCUCUGAUAUUCUUGCACAAUCAUCAUAUUGGCUUGGUUUAGAUGAAGAAAACCAAACAGAUAGCAGAGCUUUAAAUAUUCAAAAUUUUGCUGCAUCUGAUGGUUGGUUACAAGGUUUUAAAAAACGACAUUAUAUAGUUUAUACAUCACAUUGUGGUGAAGCCGCUAGUGCUCCAAUUGAAAGAUUACCUGAAUUUCAUCUAUCUUUACAAAAUGAAACAUCAAAUUAUGAGCCUUCAAAAUCAUUUACUCAUGGCCGUAUUUCAGGAAUUAAAAAACCAAAAAAUCAGGUUACUGUAAUGUUAACAUGCAAUGCAGUUGAUCAACAUAUGCGCUAUACUCAUCGAAAGAUUCUUUUACUUUUAGAUAAUUGCUCAGCACAUUCUAUUGAAGGUUUAAACUUACGUAAUGUUAAAGUAGUUUUUUUGCCAGAACGUACUACUGCAUGGUUACAACCAUGCGAUGCUAGUAUAAUUUACUCAUUUAAGUGUCACUAUCACAAAUUAUUGUUACAAAAUCGAAUUGCUGCUUUUGAUAAAUCAAAUCUUACUAAUCAACCUCCAGAUCCUGUAACAAUUUAUGAUGUGAUUCAAUUUGUUGCACAAGCUUGGAAUAAAGUUUCCAAAGAUACAAUUAUCCAUUCUUGGCAUAAAACAGGUAUUCUUCCUUCUAUGGAAACUAACGAAGAUCCAAAUUUAGAAACUAUUGAUCUUACCAAUGAAGAAGAAAUUGAGUUAGAAAAUCUUAUUUCACGGUUUCAAAUUUUAAAAAAUUCUGAAAAUUCUGAAGACUUAAAUAUUUCUUUACAUGAAUUUAUUGAGAUUGACAAUAAUUAUACAACAGGUGAAAUGCCUACAAUUGAAGACAUUAUAGCAGAAAUACAAAAAAAUAAGUCUGAAGAAGAAUCAGAACAGCAAAUUAAACCUGUUACGGCAAUUCAAGCUAUUACAGGAUUGGAUUCAGUAUUAGGCUAUAUUGAACAAUCUGAACCAAGUAUUGAAAUCGAUAUUAAAGUUUUUGCUGAACUCAAGCGUAUAUGA